GGCAAAGCGCCAUAGCAUCCUUCUAGUUCCUACAUCCUACUUCCGAGACCUCCAAUUCCGCCAUCUCUUUUAGCGAUGACGUCGCCCAAGAUCAUCGCCCUGUUCCUCGCCUUCGCCGUGGCGGCGGCGGCGCUGCAGCCCUCGGAAGCGGCGAGGCCAGUCCAAGCCCAGCAAGGGUUGAAGCCAGCGGCUGCGAGCCACGCCCACGCGGCAGAGAAGGUGUCCGUACAAGAAGAUGGCGGCGCGCCGACCCCGCCCGGCCUCCCCGCCGGCGUCCAGCUCCCCCCCGGGGCUGCUGCCGGCCAUCCUGGGCCUGCUCUUCCCGCCGCUGGGCGGCAUCAUCAGCAUCAUCCAGCCGCUGCUCCCGCCGCCGGGCUCCCCGCCGCAGCAGGGCGGCGCCCUGGGCGGCCUGCUGCCGGGCGCCUCGCCUUCCCCGCCGCCGCAGACGGAGUGCAUGACGCCGCUGGCGGCCAUGGCGCCGUGCACGGACUACCUCACCAGCGCCACCGCCGUGGCGACUCCCCCCGGCGAGUGCUGCGACGGGCUGAGGGCCGUCGUCCGGGACGCGCCCAUCUGCCUCUGCCACGGCACGAACGGCGGCAUGAACCAGCUCCUGCCCAGGCCCGUCGACCCCCUCCGCAUGGCCGUCCUCCCGCUCGCCUGCGGCGCCGUGCUGCCGAUCCAGACGCUCCUCAUGUGCAACUCGAACCAGGUGCCGCCGAUAAUGCCGCCCACGGCCACACCUCCUCCAUUGUCACCGUAGAUGCCGCCGUCGAGGUUUCUGUCCAUACUACUCAGGCUAGUUUGUGUCUUCUUAGUUUCAAGAUGGUACUGGCCUACUACGAAUCUAGGAUACUCCAGUUUAGAAAUUGAAGUCGUCGUAGAGAGUGUUAAGUUAGAUGGUUGAGGAGUCGUAUUAGUGCAGAGUGAAGUCAUGUAAACAGCUCAGUUUCUUGCGUCAUAAUAUAAUGUACAUGAUGAUGCGUC